AUGAAGAGCUUUGACCAUGUCGGACUGCUUUUAUCCACCGUGGGAGUCCAGGGACAGUUUCAUCUAAAUGGGAUGCACAAACCUGGAGAUGUGAUUCUAGGUGGAAUUUUUAGAUUCCACUUCUUUCCUGCUGAUCCUGACCUGUCUUUUACCUCAGAGCCACAACAGCCUGACUGCUACGGAUUGAGAUAUCAGCCAAGAUGUGUUCUGUUUGUUCUGUUUUUCUGUUUUCUGUUCUGUUCUGAUUUGCAGGUGAGUUAUUUUGCAACAUGUUCCUGUCUGAGUGAUCGACAAAAAUUCCCGUCUUUCUUUAGGACAAUCCCGAGUGAUGCUUUUCAGGUGAAUGCUAUGAUUCAGAUUUUAAGACACUUUAAUUGGACCUGGGCGGGUCUGAUUGUCAGUGAUUCUGAUUAUGGAUUCCACGCUGCCCGAUCCUUUCACUCUGACCUGGGUCCAGCUGGUGGAGGUUGUCUGGCUUACACAGAGAUUUUGCCCCGUGUUUACGACGCUGUUGAACUAAGGAGAAUAGUGGACGUGAUGAGGAAAUCUACAGCUCGAGUGGUGAUUGUGUUUGCACAUAAGAGAAUCAUGUUCAACCUUAUGAAAGAGGUGGUGAGGCAGAAUGUGACAGGCCUACAGUGGAUGGCCAGUGAAGCCUGGACAACAGGCUCUUCACUCCAGACGCCCCACCUCAUGCCAUACCUGGGUGGAACAAUGGGCAUUGCAAUUCGUCGCGGAGGAAUGCCAGGGCUCAGGGACUUCCUGUUACAAAUACGCCCUGACCUAUAUUACAACACCACCAUCGAAAAUAGCGUGAAUCAGUUUUGGGAACACACAUUUCAGUGUAGAUUUGCACCACCUCCUGCUGAUUGGGUGGAAGCUGGAGGAGAAUUAUGCACUGGACAGGAAGUUAUAGAGAAUGUGGAGAAUGAUUUCUUGGAUGUUUCAAACCUCAGGCCAGGGUAUAAUGUGUAUAAGGCUGUGUACGCUCUGGCGUAUGCUCUUGAUGACAUGCUGCAGUGUGAGCCAGGGAGAGGACCUUUCAGCAACAACACCUGUGCUCAUUUACAAAGACUGGAGCCAUGGCAGCUUCUCCAUUACAUGGAAAAAGUCGACUUCACAACAACAUUUGGUGAUCAAGUGUCGUUUGAUGAAAAUGGUGAUGCCUUACCAAUAUAUGACAUCAUGAACUGGGUGUGGCUCCCUGAUGGGAGAACCAAAGUUCAGAGAGUGGGUGAGGUUAAGAGGUCAGCCUUCAAAGGUGAAGAACUCACACUGGAUGAAGACAAAAUCUUCUGGAACUUUGAAUCCAAACAGCCUCCACAGUCAGUGUGCAGUGAGAGCUGUCCUCCAGGUACCCGCAUGGCCAGAAAGAAGGGGGAACCUGAGUGUUGUUUUGACUGUGUCCCUUGUUCUGAGGGAAAGAUCAGCAAUACAACUGACUCCAUGGAGUGCACCAGUUGUCCAGAAGACUUCUGGUCCAGCCCCCAGCGUGACCACUGUGUUCCUAAGAAAACAGAGUUCCUCUCCUACCAUGAGCCUCUGGGUAUCUGCUUGACAACCACCUCACUGUUGGGCACAUGUAUCUGUGUUGUUGUUCUGGGCAUCUUCAUCCAUCAUCACAGCACACCUAUAGUUCGUGCCAACAAUUCAGAACUCAGUUUCCUUCUUUUGGUGUCGCUGAAAUUGUGUUUCUUGUGUUCAUUGCUCUUCAUCGGACGACCCAGAACGUGGACUUGUCAACUAAGACAUGCAGCAUUUGGGAUCAGCUUUGUGCUUUGUAUCUCAUGUAUCCUAAUGAAAACCAUGGUGGUUCUGGCUGUGUUCAGGGCCUCCAAACCAGGAGGUGAGUCCAGUCUGAAGUGGUUUGGUGCUGUGCAGCAGAGAGGGACCGUUCUGGUUCUGACUUCUGUUCAAGCAGCAAUCUGCACUGUCUGGCUUGUCUCUGCUUCACCAGUGCCUCAUAAAAACACCCAGUAUCACAGUGACAAGAUAGUUUAUGAGUGUGUAGUUGGGUCCACAGUUGGUUUUGCAGUUUUACUUGGUUAUAUUGGUUUACUGGCUGUCAUUAGUUGUUUGUUAGCUUUUCUAGCAAGGAAUCUUCCAGACAGUUUCAAUGAGGCCAAACUCAUCACUUUCAGCAUGCUGAUCUUCUGUGCAGUGUGGGUGGCCUUUGUCCCUGCUUACAUCAGCUCACCAGGCAAAUAUGCAGAUGCAGUAGAGGUAUUUGCCAUCCUGGCCUCCAGUUUUGGCCUCUUGGUUGCGUUGUUUGGACCUAAAUGUUAUAUAAUCCUGUUGAGACCAGAGAGAAACACAAAGAAAGCCAUCAUGAGUAGAAAUGCUGAGUCAUGAAAACAGCACAGGAUGAUACUAUUCAGUUAUCUUUUAAUAAUGCAAUAAUCCAGGUACAUGAUAGUAUGUUAAUAAUGAUAUCAAUGUUGUGUGAUUAAGGAAAAACUUUGAUGGUUAGUAUGUUCAUGAUGAUAUCAAUGUUGUGUGAUUAAGGAAGAACUUUGAUGGUUAAGACGGCAGCCCGUGGCCAAGUGAAAAGGGAACUUGGCUUGUAACCGGAGGGUUGCGGUUCAAAUCCCCACCUGGCCAAAAAGGGCUGGGGUACCCCUGAGCAAGGUACCCAAUGCUCCCCGGGCGCUACUCAGUGUGGCAGCCCACUGCUCCUAAUUCUACGAUGGGUCAAAUGCAGAGGAAUACUUUCCCUAAGGGGAUUAAUAAAAAAAAUAAAUUAAAUAAUAUAUAGUAAUGUGUGAAUGUAUGUCCUGGUGACCUUGGAGAGACAGUCAUCACAUGCCUUUAAUCCAGGUUAAUACAAUUUGACUGGUAGAUAUUUCAGGCAAGACUUGAAAUUUAAUCAGGUUUAUGAAAUCCUAAAUAGAUUCUACAAUUUUUAAACUUUUUUCUCUUUGUGUGUGAUGGUGAUACAGGCAGAUGGGGUGAGGGGAAGUAUCGUCUUAACUUUUAAUCCUGAGG